CAAAUUCACUAUCUCCUCACCGACCGCAGCUGGGGAAGCUAACCACUUCGUUGAACGAGGAUCCCUGGAAAAAUCUUUGUGAAAGUGUAAACAGACGAGGUAACAUCUGAAUUAAACUGUUCUGAAGCAUUGUUACUUUGUCAACUGAAUAACGGAAACAGUCGUCGCUUUUCGCCGGUACCGAGGAUAAUACAAAACUUCCCAAAGAGGAAUUGUUCAUUCAGGAUGUCGGAGUGAAACAAAGAGGUCUGAGGGCAUUCCUGUCAGAUAGGGGUUGAACUUCAUCCUUGUGGCCUUCUCUGAAUGGGAAAGAUGGAAAGGGAGUUACAGUGGUGGAAAGGACAGCUAGCAGGGGAUAUCCAUCAGUCCCUCCGCAUCAAGGAGUUGAAGCUGCCUGUGUACCGGGCCCACUCCCCUCAGAUAGGGAUGCGUCGGUACUUUGCGGACCUGCUGGCCAUACUGUCGAACCGCUACCAGCUGUGUCCUACAGCCAGACACCUGUCUGUCUACCUACUGGACCUGUUCAUGGACCACUACGAUGUAGCUGUCAAACAGCUCUACGUCAUCGCUCUGUCCUGCCUGCUCCUCGCCAGUAAGUUUGAGGAGAGGGAGGACCGGGUUCCUAAGUUAGAGCAGCUCAACUCCCUGGGCUUCAUGUGUUCUCUGAACCUCGUUCUCCACAAGAGAGACCUCAUCAAGAUGGAGCUGCUGCUGUUGGAGACGUUCAGCUGGAACCUGUGUAUGCCCACCCCGGCCCACUUCAUAGACUACUACCUCCAGGCCUCGGUGCAGGAGGGAGACCUGUACAACGGCUGGCCUCUCUCCUCCCUCUCCAAGACCAAAACCUUUAUGGACAAGUACACACACUACUUCCUGGAGGUGUCACUGCAAGACCAUGCGUUCCUGAGUUUCCGGCCGUCUCAGGUGGCGGCAGCAUGCGUAGCGGCGUCUCGUAUCUGUCUCCAGAUUUCUCCUGGCUGGACCACGUCUCUACACCUACUGACUGGAUACACCUGGGACCACCUCACACACUGCAUCAAACUCAUGCUGCUUGCACAUGACAGCGACGUGAAGGAGGCCAACAAACCCACCCCUCCGUUGUCUCACCCUCCUCUCUCCCACCUCUCCCCGGUCCCAGCAACCACCUCCUCCACCCCCCAGCAGCUCCUCUUCCAGCCCAGCCCAGUGGGCUUCCCACACCUCCCCCCCUCCCUGUCCCAGCUCCACGCGCUAGCCGACUCCCAGGCUUUAGGGCCUGCUGGAGUCAACAUGUCCCAGGACUUCCUCCAGAGCCACAGGAUGGGGCAGCUCACCGGGGCCGACACCAUGACCUCUACAGCAGGGGCCUUCCCCUCCUAUCCUAGCCUGACUUCGGGGCUGCAGCCUGGGGCUCGGGUGGCACCGCUGGCCUUGCAGGGCCCCAUCUCUAUGCAGGUAGCCUUGGCUGCAGAGCCGAGACACUGCCUCAGCAUGGCCUACAGCCGGGGGUACCUGGGGGGCGUGGGCCCCCACCACACCUUCACGGCAGCGGGCUGCUUCGACAGAUGACGCCAGGAGACGGAGGAGAGGAUGAACAGCAAACCGCCCCGAGCCAGGGACAGGGAGCGCUACAAUCCUCUCCCAUCACUACUUCCUCCUCCUCUCCGCUCCCUGGCAGACCACCUCUCUCUCUCCAUCAGCACCCCGUCCCCCUCCUCGGCCGCCCCCCGCCCCGCGCCCCCCACCUUCAGACAGAGACGGAGAGAAAGACUGCUCAAACGCAAGCAAAGGUCGAAGGGCACCGAUGACCCCAUGGAAGUCAUCACACUGACAUGACGCCACUGACUGAUGUUGAACACUGUGUUCCAAUCACAUCAAAGGAACAGAAGCAUUAACACACUGUAGAAUGGUCACGGUAUGUCCCUGGUUAAGAUGCUGUCAUCACUGUGAACCAGAGGCUAUGCAGCAUGAUUCCUCCCCAGUGCCUCCUGUGUUUUGACCAGAGUGAGGUCUGUCUGAAUUCAUCUGAAGAUGAAGUGCUGCUGGAUCUCUCUCUGUAAUCCAAAAAUAUGAACUCAACUGAAGAGGAAAAAUAGACCAGUAAAGUCUUGAGCUGCUGACUUGGGAACAGUGGUAUGACUUGUUAUAAGCAGACAUACCAGUGAGUUGAAGAUGCUAUGUGUGUGUGUAUAUAUAGGCUUUAUAUCACUCUUAUGCCAGUGAAUAAAGGGAUUAUGUCAUUAAGUGCUAUAGGGGCACUCUGAGAAUUCCUACCCAUAAUCCUCAAUGGCUGGAUGGGGAGGGGAGGCCAGAGUUCAUUGUUCUGUCACAGCAGAGGAAAUCCACAGUUACCAUACCUGUCAUGUUUUGGUUCUCUUCCCAUCCUCCUUCCUUUUGAGCGAGAGAGAAUAUUAAUGUAGCAUUCUAAUUCUAUGCUUGGAACUUUGUUGACGUGUACAUAAUGAAAUGCUGCUGCCUUCUAUAUGAACUGAUGGUUCUGUGUGAGUUGAAGACUUAUUUCCGUGAACCACAGCGUAUAUCAGGGACUUGACGUAACAGAUUACUUGAAUAUGAUGCCAUUGAAACGUGAUUUUAAUUUAAAUUUACACAUUUGUUCGUUGUUGCUUUUUUUGUAUUCCUUGGUUAAGUUAAAAACAAACAACUUUAUACCGGCGUGAAACACAUUGUUUGUUUUCAAAAAGCCAUUGUAUAACAACUGAAUAUUCAGGCUCAGGUUGUUAGGCUGAUGAUAUCCAAUCAGCCGUCUCCUUAAUGAGGAGGUUACCCAUUCAGCUGUCUUACUAUUUAGUGUGUUUUAAGUAGAUGCUAGCAUGGCACCCAGGAGGGUUUCUCACUUCUCCCCCAGAGGAAGAGGACCUGCCUUUUUUUUAAAUGACAUACUAAGAUAUAUAAAACACACUGUUUGCAUCCUGGUGGAAUCAGUGACCUCGCGGUCGAUGAAACACACAGCCCAUCUGCAGCUUAACAUCACUAAUUGCUUCCUACAUUUUCUAAAACUUCCACUUCCUGCUGGAACGUAAACACAUCCAGAUUCCCCUUCUGCGUCACAGGCGGUCUCGCUGGUUACCGUGGCGAUGGCCGAAAAUCUAAAUCAGGGGCUCACUCAGAAGGACAGUUGGAACGUUACAGAAUGUUUAGAUGCCCAUAACUGUUCUAAACAGCACAUUUCUAUCUGUUGUGUAGAGCAGGGAAUGAUGGAAGCUCUAGAAAUCACAUUUCUAUCUGUAACAGUGUUAACUUCUGGUCCUUUUCUGUCGGUAUGCUUUGAAUGUGUACAUUUUACUAUGGUUGUACCUUGUCCCCAACAGUUUUCAUACUUGAACUAUGCUGAUACUGCUAAGGCUGUGUUCUGAUUCUCAAUGUUCUAGGCUUUGAUAUUGAGACCAUUUCAUUGAACACUUGCUUUAGCACGAUAUCUGGCAAGCAUCUGAAAUGUGUCUAAACGUUUAUAUAGCAUAUACCUUACUGUAGUCUAGAUAGUAUUUUACUACAAAUGGAAUGAAGGGCUUAGUAGCAACCAAAUGCAUCUUCCUGACUGAUCUCUUCUGAACUGUCACUCCCACUCACUGUAUGGUCAUCACUACUUUUAUAGACAAAAGGAUUCUGCCUUUUAACUUUGUAUAGUUUUUUUUUAAGUGUGUUUUAUUUAGUCUUGUUCUUCCUGUGUUAAUAAAGAUGGAUGCAGUCGG